UCAGAACGGAACUGGGUCACUAUCUCAAAAACAAUUUUGCCCGAAUUGCUAAUUUUUGGCAAGUAGGGCCUAUUGGAAGUUGUUCUUUCAGAAUAUCUUGACAAAUCCCCGGCAUAGUUUCACAAAUUUAAUAUUUAUGACGUCAUCUCUUUAGAACAGUCUAUAUACCCGGAAAUUAUACCCGGGAAAGAUGAAGAUAGAAUAAUAAUUAUUUGAAUUUCAUAUACAGGCAUAACUUCAUUAUUUUUAACCCUUGGGUGACUGCCCCCAAAAAGGCUAUUUUUGACAUGUUUUACUCAAAAGGGGUACAGCUAAAGUUUGAUUGUUGAAAAGUAGAGAUGACUACACGGCAUUCAAAAGAUAAAAUAAUGUUUUUCUUACGUCAAUUUUGCAGACAAGUUGUCUAACGCUUAAGAAUCCUAUUAUAUUCAUAACUCACGAAAGGAGAUAUAGAAAUACUUAGCUCUUUCGGGGUUUUGAGCUGCUAAGUUCAAGUGAAAUAUAAUAAUAUUGUAGUUUAGAAAGCGCUGUUGUCCUUAGUUAACCAAUUUUAAAAGAGUGCACAUUUUAUAAUCUCGUGCGUGAUGCAGGGAAAGCAUGCACUUUUCCAAUCAUUAUUUUGAAAGCAAAUUAGAAAAUAAGUUUUUAUCAUUUUUCAGUUCUUAUUAGAAAAAGGUCGGUACACACUAAGUGACAUGUCGCUGCACCACGUCGCUGUAAAUUGCUUUAUGUCAGUAUUUGAAAUUUUUUUUUUAUAAAUCUUUGUCUCUACGACAGAAUUUUGUCGCUACAAUAAAUCGCACAAAAUCAAAUCAGUGUGAAUUUUUGCAGCUCGUCGAGGCAACAAAAUUCUGUCGCGGAAAAAAAGCCUUUCUGAGAAAUUUGAUUUGUCGCUACGACGUGGCAUGACGACCAGUACACAAGGAGUUGUUGGUUUGUGGGUCCGCGACGUUUCGCAGCGACGUAUUUCCUGUUUGGAAGCUUCUUACAAACAACGAGCAAAUAACUUUUGUCACUUCAUGCAUGUUUGUGUGUCAGCUUGAUUGAAACAACUUCGGCUGACGAUGGACAAAUACACUCUUUCUCACACUUCACUUUUACAUCUUAAAAUGUUCCAUAUGUUUACUCUUUUUAAGAUGAAUGCAUUUACCUCAGUUAUUUUAAAGAAACUCAAUUUCGAAAAAUCAUUUUAAAAAAAGAUUUAACGAACUUGGGUAUUCUCUUUUGUGUUUUUGUUUUGGGGUUUCCAUAAAUAAGUACACCUUUCUCCUUCCGUGUUGCUGGUCUAACUUUGCACCAUCAAUUAUAAAUUAUUCACUGUGACCACCUCGUUAAAUGCAUUGUAAUAAAACCAAAUCACGUAAAAGACGUUGCUUAAAGAUAUCAUCGGUUACCCUGACGAUUUAAUUUGAAAAGAAAUUCCCAAUAUACAGCUGUCGGUAUACGAUCAGGGUCCAAAUGAUAUUGCAACCAUUGUCUCGUGUGUAUGAUGGAGACGGGCCCCACCAAAAUGAGAUUUCUUGUACUUCUUACCAUUUUGCUGACUACAGGUCACGUAUGAAUCUCUCUUUUUCACCAUUCAUGUGUUGAUUAAUCGCAACAAACCGACUGACAGUGCAGUUCAAUUCUAAAGGCCUACCACGAGGGGCAUCAAGUGAAUUUAAGGUUCAUUUAAUAUCCUCCUUUCGCAAGGCCUUUUUAUCUUAAUGAUUGGAGAAAUAUGUGCUAAAAGUGAAAAACUGGCCGAGUGUCUCUAUAUAAAAAACAGUUUAUUAUAGGAAUUAUGACAAAAUAAGGCCUCCCAGGGGCUCCCACUGAGUGGGUCUUAAGGCCACACCUUUAAUCGUAGGCUGCAGCUGAAACUGGCAAACUGGCUGAUGGCCUCUCAAUAAAAGAAAAACAGAUUACAACAUGCGUUAUACGCAAAUAAAGGUCACCAAGGGUUUCUAAAGACCAGUCCUUAAAUCUCAGGCAGCUAUCUGUUUUUUUAUAUUCAAUUUUGGAAGCAAGGACAAACGUUACAAAAACGAAGGAUCGGAUCCUAAAAAGGAUCUAAUCAGCCAUCAUGAGUUAGCUUACGUUAAAACAUCGAACAAAAGAAGCAAGGCUGAUUUUAGAGUCGGGAACAUACAUAUUUUUUUGUUUUUUAUUCCCGACAUUAAAAUCAGCCUUGCCUCUUUUUUUCGAUGUUUUUUUUAUAUUAAUGUUUUUUAUUUUAUUUAUCAGCCUUAAUUAAAAUUAGCCUUGCCUCUUUUGUUCGAUGCUUUUUAUAUAUUAAUGUUUACUAUUUUAUUUAUUUUCAUGUAUUUUUGUUUUCCCCGUCAUUCAAAUUAAAGUCAUUCAAGUUAUUCCUUCGUUAAACGAUUCUGUUUCUUCCUUUUUUUGCAGGCUUCAAGGAAACGAAAGGUUGGUAAAAGCGUUAUAGUCUAGUAAGAGCUUUCCCUGUAUUUUUAUCUACUUAACAUUAAAUAUUGGUGUACCGAAACCGCUUUAUAUUUCAGGGGAUUGUUCUGGCCGUAAACUGGAUAUUGCCAUUCUUGGGGAUCGGUCCAGAAGUUUAAACACUCAAAACCUUCGGAAUCUGCGACUUGCCAUAUACGACAUUGUGAAAAAAGUUGGAGUAUCCCCUGAUGGAACCAAUUUUGGUAUGACUUAAAUUGAGAGAUAUAGUUAUUAUUUUCCGAGUCUGCCUCUAGGUUAUCGUUAUUUCUCCUCAGACGACUACCUAAAUAUGAGCCGGUCAUAGACAUUGAUAAUGGUGAAGACAAUAUUGCAAAACCAGCCCGACUACCACAAAAGGCACAAGAGCAUCAAAUAUUGUUAUUAUUAAUAAUCAAUUAUUAUUCCCGCAGCUUAAGAGACACAACGCUUUAGCUUACAUAACAGGCGCUUUAUGAGCCAAGCGAGGCUAACGAGGCAUUUUGCGCGAAGCUCGAGACGAGCAUGAAUCGCGAGACUAGGGAAGGAGGAAAAAAUAAACUUAAUUAUUUUUUCUCCUCCCGUCGUCUCAUCGCCCUUCGCGCGAAAUGCCGCGUUCACAUCGCUUGGCUAUAAAGCGCCUGUUAUGCAGGCUACAAUACUUUCGCAAGAUAUGAGCGGUACCAAGGAUGGCUGACAACUGUUCACUUCCAAAAAUGUCAGGCAGACUAAACCUUCCAUACUAGGCCUUUGCAUAAUGUUCCAGAUAGCUCCAAGUGAAACAAUCACGAUAGGUUUUAAUGUCACUUUCGUGGCUCUAUAGAUUCGUUUAAUUUCGAGAGCUAGGUCUUGAUACCUUUCUACCUUCUUCUCCUCAGAAGUAAGGAUAUUUUGGUCCGCUGCCCGGAGAGGGGCACUCCCUAAUUUGGCCUAUGGGGGUAUCUGCCGGUGAGACCAUGAAAGCCAUACCGUGGCAGGGUAUGGUUUUCAAGGUCUUGAGUCUUAGACAAGGUAUACAAUUUUACUAUUAAGCGCCUUGAACGGGGUGUCGUUUUGGACUGAAAGCCUUUCAAAGAGUGUGAAAACUUGCGAUGAGCGGUCUACAUUUGCGGUACCGAUAAUGUUUUUCCUAAAUAUCUAUUUCCACGAUUUUAGUGUGAAAAAUUACUCAAUUCUGUACGCAAAACAAAGCAAAUCAGGGUAGGAAAGUAAUGUCUCCUGUCUUAAACAGGGUAGCGAAAUGAGAACUUUUUGUCUUAAACAGGGUCGGGGUUUGUGGACCUAGGCGGAACACCUCUACCCAGACUUCCCUUAAGUGCCCCCCUCCGGUCCGCUGGCACAGCAAUGUCGAUAAGUACUAGUGGCUACUGCUUUGUGUCUUUGUGUACUACAGCAUUGGCCGAUUGUGCCUCAGCCGUUUCCGUAAAGAUAUUCAUAUCCCAAGUUAUCCUUACUUCUCCAUUCUCUGCAACUGGUAAGGGUUGAUGGUGACACCACUUGUUGGUACAUCCUAACCUACUUGAACCGCCAGCCUCUGCUCAGUGACUUCUGUUAAUUCAUCGUUGGUGUUAUAAGUUUUCCAUAAGUCCAGCAGUCUCUUUCUAUAACGUCGCCUCCUUGGUUCGCUCCUGAUGAAACACUCAAACAGGCGUUUGUUGUCCUCCGUUGACCUUGCCAACUAUCUCUUCUCAGUGUUGUCGUUCAGCAGUAACAGGGUGACGACCGGGCCUGCGCUGCUGCUCUACCACAGGACAGUCCUGCCGGACGCGACACCCAUGUUGAUCGUUCCGGUCCUGUUGAUGUCGUUGGCGGAAAAUUCAAUCUUCGACAUACUCUCAUAAAAUGAGGUUCUGAUUUAAGGUUUCCACUACAAAUAAGUAGUAGUUUUAUCGUGCAUCCAUCAUGCAUUAGACGGAUUACUAACCAAGGCUCAGAGAGAUACAUUGAGGCAAUCUAUAUACCCCGGCAGACAACAACUGAUAAUCUUAGGUGUCGUCCCUCUUAAGAUCUUGGCCUUUCCCAACAAACAAGCUUUAUGGAGCAAUGCAAUGAUCCCAGGUGUUCUCAGCUUAAUAUAAUGAUCCACAUCGUUAGGAUUUUUACAGUCCUAAGACCUCCUAGUAAAAUAGGGAUAACAGAUACACUUCUUCAGUUCCAGAUCUUUUGCAGUUCCACUUUAAAGUUCGUCCUAAUAGCAGUUGAUCUUCUCCGGUUCUUUUUCUGCUACCUGUAUAUCAAACAGACAAGCCAUAUCAACAAUGAAACACACCCUUCUCUCUUCCUCCUGCACUACAAUAUCAAGUCUAUUCAUGGUCUAAAUGGUGAUCUGUCUGAAUACUGA